AUGACCGUGCACGAAAUGUUUACAGAGAUAUGUCAGCAAUUGAGAUUAAAUCAAACUUUAAUUAUGAGACUGUUCAUCCUACUUUCGCUCCUAUGUGUUUUCGCCGUCUCCUGGGCCAAACCUGCCUCAACUUACACCGACAAAUGGGAUUACAUCAACGUAGAUGAGAUCUUAGAAUCUCAACGUUUACUGAAGGGAUACGUGGACUGUUUAAUGGACAGGGGACGUUGCACAGCCGACGGAAAGACCUUGAAGGAAACUAUGCCCGACGCCCUGGAACACGAAUGUGCAAAAUGCACAGCCAAACAGAAGGAAGGCGCCGACAAGGUUAUUAAGCAUUUGGUUAACAAACGCCCUGACCUGUGGAAAGAUCUGUCCACUAAAUACGACCCUGACAAUAUUUACCAACAAAGGUACAAGGACAAAAUUGACGCGGUCAAAGAAAAACAA